GGCAGCUGAUGUAGCAGUUGCUAUCGUCACUGAGGGGGUUUUGUAUGUUGAAAAUUGUUUUACUUGCCUAGUUAUUUUGUUUAUACCUAUGAACUAUGGAAGUUUUGCAGAAUGCAGAGGGUGAAACUCUUAAAUAUAAGCCGGGAGGUCGUUUGGAUAUGAAUCACGGUUUCUUACACCACAUCCGGAGAAAUCAGAUUGCCAGGGAUGAUUAUGACAAGGAAGUAAAACAAGCAAAGGAGCAACAAAAGCGCAGACACACAGUCACCCCCCGCCGCCCACGAAGACCCGACCGAGAGGUGUACCACCUUCGCCACCGAAACGGCUCAGAGACCGGACCUGGAGUAGAAGCGGAGGAAUGGAACGAGAGCGGGUCCAGCACAGAGCAGGAGAGCACAGGCAGUGAGCUCUUCUGGCUCGACUACCAAGCCGACAAUGGCGUAGUAACGUCAUUCAUCGUGUACAAGGAAGAUGAGCCAGAGAGUGUGGUGGAACGGGUGGAGGAAAAAAAUGUUCUAGAUGCAGCCAUGAGGGCAGCACUGUUGGCACGAAUCGAACAGGAAAUGGAUAAACGGCGUGACAAACGCUGAGUUUGAAAGAGAACCCAUGAUAAAUGGGAAUAAAGACUGCAGCGAGGUCUGGGAAGGCUCUUGCUCACCACACUACACUGGACUGGGACCGGUGGUGUGUUUGGGUCUCAGCUCACUCCACUGGACUGGGACAAGUGGUGUGUUUGGGUCUCAGCACCCUGAGAAUGCUGAGACAACAUGACCUUAUGGAUUCUGUAGUAAGGAUUACACAAGAGGAUAGGGUGCUUCUUCCUGUGAUGUGGGAAAUAAUAUACCUUAAAGUGAGAUGAGAGGUUUCCUCUGUGAGUGUGGUUAUAGAUUAAGGGAUGCAAGUGCUCUGAUAUGAAAUAUCUUUAAAAUUAAUGAGUUCAAAUGUCAUCCAACUGGUUCUAGCCUAUUUUAACAUAGUGACCAUCAUGACUACAAUAUUUGAAAACAUAUCCACUCCUUUUCACACACUACAACUACAGUUUUCAUUUAAACAUAGUUAGCACAAUAUUGGGUAUCACAUUUUAGAAACCCAUUGACAAUAUUUUUCAAUCAUACCAGUUAGGAGGAUAAGUGUGCCAAAUGAUAGCUGUGAUUUCUCACAUUGAUUCUCCAUAAGAAACGAUAGAGGGCUGCAAUGCUGUUCAUUCCGACUUGGUUUGGAUGACAUUUGUCUUACUGUCAAACAGGUUGUAGCCUUAAAAUGAUUUAUUUAUAAAUUUGAAGGCAUCUGUUUUGUGCGUAUAGUAGGCUUUUUAUGGAAGUUGUCACUGGUGAUGUUGAUUGAAUUUAACUGUACUGCUUAUAUAGCAUUAUAGAUUUCCUCUUUCAUCGGGACUUCUUUUGGUUGUACAAAGAAAUAUUUUUGUAAGCGUUUUCUGUGUAAAAAUAAAAGAAAGCAUGCUAAA